AUGAAAUUGCGAGGCUCUUGCGAAUCUUUUUGUCCAGAAACGGAGACAAAAAUGCGUAUCAAGGAAAAAUUGCUUAACUUCUACGAAUAUAAGAACGGUCAAAAAAAUGUUCCUGGCUUGCUUGUUAAAGAGUUUACACGCUCUGCCGCCGGCGUUGUGACUCCCAAGGUUAAGGACAUGCGGACAGAGGAGUGUCUCGUGAGGACCGUUGAGUAUUUGUUCAAAGAAAUUUGUCUGGACAAGAGAAAACCCUUCCGAUUUGCAUACGAUUUUAUAUUUGAUCGACUGCGUGCCGUGCGCCAAGAAAUUGUGAUACAGGAGUUUGACAGCCGCCAAUCUGUGCGCCUAAUGGAACCGAUGAUAAUGUUUUUGGCUUAUAGCCUAUAUACUUUGAGUACCGAACCCAUAGAUAACUUUGAUCCAAAGAUCUGUCAGCAGCAUUUACAAGAAUGUUUAAAACGCGUGCUUUGCUGUUACGAUGAUCUUGAGAAGGAUCCACAAACUGAAAGUCUGCGCAAUCUUCAGCGCCGCUACUUCAUCGAGGCAUUGUAUCAAAUCUUCAAUUUAGGUGUUUUCGAAGCUUUAUCUCGGGGCCUGACAUUGCCAUUGCAUGUACGCCAAGACGAAGUGUUUAAGUUAGCAUUCAACAUAUCCAUGGAUUAUCAUCGGGGUCAUCUUUAUAGAGUGCUACAGAAUAUACCAACGCUUCCGCACAUCAUGUGCUCCUUGGCAUCCCUGAAAAUGCAGACAUUAAGACGUCGCCUGUUGGCACUUUUCUCCCAUGCCUACCACAAUAAAGUGCUCACAGUUCCGGUUACAUACCUAAUACGUCUCCUUGUACUUAAAUCACCCAAUGUACUCUUUCAGCAGUGCCGGCAAUACAACAUUACUGUGAGCAAAGAUCGUACGGCCGUGCUUUUUUAUAAAAAUGAUUAUAACGGCGACAUAAAUACGUUGAAAUCUAUGCAUGAGUCUUUUGUAAACGCUAAAUUAGAGCGCAUCAAUUUGCCUGAAGUGCUUCUGCUAAAAAAGUUUUAGAAUGCCCUUGAAUAUAUUAAUAUAAUUAGUACAUAUGA